UUGUCAUUCAUUGAAAAAAAAAACAACUCUGAGAAACAUAUUUUUCCGAGAAAAUGACCCACUCAAUUUGAGGACAAUGAAGUAGAUGUCUUACGCCAGUGCGUUGCCUUGACGCCUGGCGUGUGAUUGGUUAACUUGGUUGAAGAGGACCAAGCUUGGUUUGGGGCUAAUGACCCAUGGCAAGCAGAAGCGGGAUUAAAAACGUGGCUGUGAGAAUUUGUCGAAAGUGUAAGCAGCUACGUUUUUUCAUUGAUCUCUGUGCUUGCGAACAGUAUGUCUAAGUUCUCAAGAAAACGGCCACAUCCUUCAAAUGAAAGUGCGCGAAAACACAGUGGAGGGGAACAAUUUGAUCUUCUACCCACUGACAAGAGAUGCAAAAUAUUCGCCGUGACUUUCGAUUUCUACACUCCUAGAGCUCAUUUUAUCAUUGUGCCCCGCAGAAUGUUUCCUGUCCCGGAAAAUUAUAAUGCUCUUGAUCAAACAACCAGGCUAAGGGUUGUCGCGACAGCAAAGGCCAUGGUCUCUCACUACGGGCUUGAAAAGUCGGCUAUUUUAUCUGUCCAUUUUGGGUCAUGGUUGACAACAAAGGAUAGGUUUCAUGUCCAUGUUUGCGUAGACCUGGAUGAUUAUCUUCGCGUUUUUGAGACGAAAGAGGAAGAAAUCCCUGAAUGGCCCUCGAGAAAGUACGUUACGAGGCAAUGGAAAGCAAGGCAAGACCCUAACUACUAUGAGAUUAAUGUUCGUGGGUAUCCCUUCCGGACAUAUUUCAAGGAAGAGCUUGCAGAUAUCCGAAAUUUAAAAUCGCAACAUUUGAGUUCCACUGGAGCCUUAGCCGUCGCGCAAACGCUUUGCAUUCUCUACCACCCAUCAGAACCAAAGGUUGGAUUUGCUGUUGAGGAGUCAAAAAAGUCUAAUACAGAUGAGUUCCUCCUUGAAGUCCAAGAAGCCAUAAUCAAUUUUGCAACCACAAGCAAUCUCACUAACAUACACGCCAGAGAUGACUACGGUGGAUGCCAUGUGUGUUUGAUUCUCGAUGGAAAGGCACAUGGUUAGUUCCAUUUUUUGUGAAUAGUUUUAAGGAAGCUAAACACAUGAGGUUUUUUGUAAUGUCCUUUUCUUUCUUAUUUCCUUUCACUUGCGCAAUGAGCACUGAAAGCGACCCGAUUAAAUUUAAUCUAAUGUAUGACUUUCGCGGUUUUUUUUUUUUUUGAGACUACGAGAGGGCAGAUGCUAAUUUUUUUCUUUUUGUUUGGUUUUUGGACCAGUCCUUAUUAUAAGCGUUUGGCGCUCCAAAUAACCGAAUCGAUCAUUCACUUUAAAGCUCAAAAGGGUGGAACUUAUGCAGUUUUAUUUUUUGAGUACUAACUAGCAGUAUAAGACAGUAUGGACUUCGAAUAAUAUGUCUAAACAAGGUCAUGUUAUGUUUGACCAAUGGAAGUUAUUUUAUCUCUCACCCUGAAAAGGUGGAUUUCACGUUCAAUUCAGAUUCAACAACGUUUACCACUAACGUUGAAUGGCCUAUUUGAACAUUCGACAUGAGUUAACAUAACAUAAUGAUUCACAUGUUUUAGUCAAAAACCCUGAACAUUUAAUGGGAAUCUCCCUGCUUUAGAAACCUGUUUGGUUAAUUUGGAGCUGCCCUAAAAGCUAUUUAUCUGUUCAGAUGUUUAAGGGGAACUUUGGUCAUCUCAAAAGUUUAAGGUGGCUUUUUCGUCUCAUCCGAAACUGUUAACUACCUUGAUGGGUCCGGUCGAAAGUUACAACAUCAACGAGCCUUAUUUGCAUGACCAUACAAACACAUACAGUAUUGCAAAAGCUAUGUUUAGGAAUCAAAAUUACAACACAGGAAAAUUACGUUUCUUUGAUAAUAAUUUGUCACGAACAUCAAAACAAGCUGAAAUAUAUUUUAUGAAUUGUAUAUUGAUAAAGUAAUUAGAAGAGUUCAUCAGUUCAUUGAUCAAAACGUUUAUAGUUAGCUGAGUAAUAUUUGGAAUCAGAGUCUUGACUUUAUAGUAAAAUUUGUUCCUAAUCAUAGAGUAUGUAGGACAUUGAAAAAGAAAGUAAACUUCGCCUUCUAUUACAUUGCAUCCACAAAAAGGGCAAUGCCUAUUAUCCUUCGUUAAGUUAAGCACAUGGAGUGGUCGUACUGUACGUUACUUAACGAAAUUUCUAUGGAGCGCUUGUCUGUGUACCGAAAUUUCAAGGAGGAAUUUUUUAACGGUAAUUACAGUAUCUUGAUAAUUAAAUAUGAAAAACACAAGCUCCUAAAAUCAUAGAAAAAUGAGUAGCAAAAACUCCAAAUUUGUUAGACAAAUGAAACGGUUAUCCAGAAGUCAGUUUACAGCCUUCAGUCUCGUGUUUUAGAAAUUUCUACGCAACACAGUAUCUGCUUUAUCAAACAGGUCAGAUCAGUUUUACAGAAAAAAGCCGUUGGGUGAAAUAUUACUAAAAAUGAACCUCAAGCUUGAUGGAGAUAUAAUGGUGAAUUUUGAGCCUGGUGAAUAUAUGAGAAUGUUUUUUCUGUCAGUGACAAGGGUGGCUCGAAAGGAAAAAGUACUUCCAAUAAGAGUCGAACCCAUAACUUUCUGGUUACUAGAGUCCAGAAUCUGCACUAAUAACCAAAAGGUAGCUUGUGUACAGAUCCCCCCCCCUCCCCUCCCUCCCCUCAGGAAAAAUCGAAGAAGGACUAGGCAAGGGAAAAGAGAAAAUAGGCUUUAGACUUUGUUCCCCUUUUUCGCGCUUCGCCCUCGUUCUCUCGCUCUCGCUCGCGUGCUCGUCGAUUUUCGAAAAAAAUAGAAAACAACAUAUGUGUACAGGCUAGACCAACAGUUCUUGGUAUAUCUCACUGCAGGUUUCACUGAUCUCAACGAUUCUCAGAGCCUUGUCGGGUAUCUUCAAGUAAGUGGACCAAAGUUCUACAGAGAUCUCUGCCCCCCGGAAAAAAGGAAAGAGUGGUUGAGUAACUUUGCAAGUAAGCAAGAUUACAAGGUCUACACUUGACUGACAAAAAUUAAAACGACAAUGCCAGUCAGCUCUGACCAAGUACAAAGAUUGAACGUUUUAAUAGUUAACGCGUUUAGUUCAAGUGAAUUAGCCAUUAGUUAUAAAAAACUUGGAUUCUGUUUUCGUACUAAAUUUCAGCUUUGUAUAAUGCUAAAUUGUUUGACGGACUAGUAAAACUUCGUUUUUAGCCAGCAUGAGUGAUUUUGCUACAACUAACUGAAUUUGUUGCAACAAGAGAGAAUGAGCUAAACUGUCUCAGCUGCAAACACUACAAUAGUAGUGUUAGUAAGUUUUAAACUUGUUUUGGACGUAAACCAAGCGAGUAUUAUCCUUAGCUCCUCAACUCUGCUAUCGAAAUUGGUGAUGUGGUGGCUUUUAAUUAAGUUUUUUUUAAGUUCUUAGAUCGUUUUCAAAAGAUUGUUAUGACAUCGUCUAAGGUCUGUUAGGACCAUUCCAGGGUAAAACAUAUUUUGGCUUUAUUUUUUUUACGAGUAGUAACAGAAGUAAAUGUACUCCAUAAUAUUUGAAACACCUGUAAAUGAAAUAAACCGUAACAGUUAAAAAUCCUUCAAUAUUUAACUAAAAUACUGAAAUUUUUUGGUAAAAGUCACCUGUGAGUUUAGUGAACUAGGAAGGAGUUUAGUGAAAAGAGACUUAAAGGGAGAUUUUCAAGGAUCGAGACCAUCAUAUCAAGUAUCAUAUUAUAUCAUACAGAGACGGCGGAGCGCAAUUUCAACUGGGGGAGGGGCUCUUAUUUUUCUUUGCAAAGUUACUGCGCGCGAAACCUAAGCACCCGUUAUAAAUAGCGUCGUGGUUUGCAAUUGCGCUGGAUGAGAUAAGAACUAGACGGAUUUUAAGAGAAAAGGCGGACUGCAAGCAGUCUAUCAACAUUCUCAAUGAGAUAUUUCUCUAAAAAAACUCAACCUGGAUAAGGUGUAAAAUGACAGGUACUUGUAGUGUUUUCAGCGUGUACCUCAUACUUAAACAAAAACAUUUUUCCUCUAGAAAAGUGGGG